AUGGCUCAACAAAGUGAACGAGAUAUCAUACGUCCUAUCACCAUCAUGUUGGAUGGUCCUACUAGCUAUCAUGCAUGGUCUCAGAAUAUGACCGUCUUUCUCAAGGGUCGUAAACUGUGGAGAUAUGUGACUGGUUCAAUUCCUAAGCCAGUACCAAACCCUAAGUCCAAAGCCACAGCUGCUGAAGAGUCUUCCAAGACUGCUGUUCCAACAGAUGAUUAUGAAGAACGUCUAGAAGAAUGGGAGAGUAUUCAGAGUAAGAUCUUAUCUUGCUUGGAGUUUCACAUUGAAUCAAAGCUUUAUCAAAUGCGCCAAGAGACAGGUCAGUCUAUUUCUGAUUUUUAUUCUCAGACUUCUACUAUGUGGGAACAACUCUCUGCUGCAGAUCCUCCACUGGUGUGUUCUAAGGACAUUGAGCUCUUUGUCAAAUAUCGGGAUCGCCGUAGAUUUAUGCACUUCAUGAUGGGUUUACGUGAGGAUUUUGAGCCUACUCGGGCUUCUCUACUUAGCCGGUCUCCUACUCCUUCUCUUGAUGCUGCAGUAAAGGAGCUCAUUUCUGAGGAGAAUCGUCGGCCCACUUAUCACAUGACAUCAUCUGAUCAUGUCUUGGCUACACCCUCACCACAGCCUCCCAUUGUUGCAUUCACUGCUCCUCCGCGAAUAAACUCCGGGCGUCCCACCUCUCAGUCUUCCAAAGGUGCUCAUUGCAAGUUUUGCCGUGCCAAAGGCCAUGACAUCUCUGUUUGUCGUAAGCUACAGAAAUUUGUGCAAGAGCAGAAUAAAGCUUCUCUUCCUCAGGCAGCUGCUGUAUGUCCUUCAGAUCCAUCGGUUCCUACAGGUCCAUCUUUGGCUUCCUCACUUACUACGGCUGAUAUUGAGGCAGUUGUUCAACAGGUUUUAUCCCGCACUUCCACUGCCCUUUCUGUCACCUCAGGAUCCCCGGACGGGUCAAGUGCUUGGGACAGGCCGUAAGGUUGGUCGCAUGUUUGAGGUUCAUGACUUGAAGAUUCCUUCACAAGUUGUUUCUGCAGCUGCUACCACUGUCACCUCCUCACCUGAUCUAUGGCAUGCUCGUCUUGGUCAUCCAUCCUUAUCUCGUCUUCAAUUGUUAGCUUCUCAAGGUCAUUUAGGUUCAGUUCAGUUU